AUGGCUAUCAAGAAGCAUAUGCUCCUGGCCACUCUCUUUGCAAGCCUGACAUGGGCAUUCCCUAAGCCACCACUUGGCACUGCUGUCAACACGACUACGUGUAACGGUCAGACAUUCGUUUAUGAGGCGCUCGCAGGGUACGGCUUCGUCCCCUCUAAUUCGCGGGACAAGUUUGGCGACACUGCCGGAGGCUUCGGUAGCAGUGCAGCCAUCGACCAGACGUCUUGGAAAGUGGACAAAUCAGGUGUCUACUCUGGCAUUCUCUGGGCUCUCCCCGAUCGCGGUUGGAACACGGAAGGCACAUUGAACUUCCAGCCAAGAAUCCACAAGUUCGCAAUCACAUUCAGACCAGACUACACAUCUACUGCAAACGAUCCCAGCGCGCCGAAUCUCCACCUGGAGUUGCUCGACACGAUUCGGUUCACCGACCCAUUUGGAGCACCUCUAACAGGUCUGGAUGCGGACGCUCACGGACCUUACCUCACUUUUCCGGGCUUUCCCCCUCUCCCUUCUGCCACCUAUACAGGCGAUGGCUUCGGAGGCAACGGGGUUGGAGGAAGACGUGUUUCCCUUGACUCCGAAGGUCUGGUUCUCUCCCCGGACGGCAGCUUUUGGGUUUCUGACGAAUAUGGCCCGUUCAUUUACCAUUUUGCUCCUUCUGGUCGUAUGCUUUCAGCCAUUCAACCACCGCCAGCUCUUAUUCCCGAACGCAAUGGAACCGAAUCAUUCUCGGCCGCAAGUCCGCCGAGAUACGACCCCGAUCUGGAAACCCUGCCAAAGAACAAUCCUACUGGGCGUGACAACAAUCAGGGCUUCGAAGGGCUCACGGUCUCUCACGACAACAGAAACUUAUAUGCCUUGAUGCAGUCUGCUUUGAACCAGGAGGGUGGACUCAAUAGCACCACCCGGGUCUACACCCGUCUCUUACAUUACGACAUCUCGAAUCCCUUCAGGCCGGAGUACAAGGCCGAGUACGUCCUUCCCCUUCCCAAAGAUCCAGCUGGACGGGUGGCGGCACAAUCCGAAAUCCACUUCGUCAGUCCAACCCAGUUUCUCGUCCUUGCCCGUGACUCCAACCGUGGACAUGGGCAGAAGAACAGCGAUUCACGGUAUCGGCAUGUAGAUGUCUACGACAUCUCCAAGGCCACUGAUAUACGUGGUCCUGCUUACGAUUGCCCCAGCUGUGCGGUGGCAUCUGUCGACGGUGUUCUUGACUCGGACAUUGUUCCUGCCACUUAUUGCUCCUGGCUCGAUUACAAUGUCAACUCUCAACUCAACCGGUUCGGCCUGCACAACGGAGGAGACCAGGAUGCCCAACUGCUGAACGAGAAAUGGGAGAGCAUUGCCUUAGCCGCUGUCCAGCCACCCGAGAAAGGCUGCAUUGAUGGACAUCCAGCGACCAACGGAGAAUAUUUCCUUUUCAGUCUGAGUGACAACGACUUCAUCACGCAAAAUGGCUUCAUGAAUGGUGGUGAGCUUCCCUAUGCGGAUGCAAGUGGGUACAACUUGGACAACCAGGUUUUGGUUUUCAAGGUGAAGCUACCUAUCCCUUGA